AUGCAACCCCCUCCGGUGAAUAGUGAAGCGAAUAGUCCUCACCAUGGUGCCACUCCACAUAACCACCAUCAUGCUCACCUAAUUGAUCCGGCGACGGGCAAUAACUUCUUUCCUCCGGCGAAUCAGCAGGUUCCGACUUACUUCUCUCCGGCUGGCACGCAACAUAACCUUCUUUUGCCGGCGGUUCUUAAGGAAAACCCAUUUAAAGAUUACGUUCUGAGUCACUUCUUUUCUCCAAAAUUAAAUGCUCUGACCAACCUCUUUGAUCCCGUCACCCAUAAAGAUCCUCUCUUUAAUCUUUUUUUCUCCGACCCUUCUCUACCAAACCUUAAUCCUACUGCUGGGAAUCCAUCGAACUAUAGACUCAUAUUGACAUGA